AUCGCAUUUCAGUUGUUUCAAGUUCGUCGUCGUCUUCCUCCUUGCUGCUCCGUCGCCGAGAUCUCGUCGUACCUCAAAUCUCCUGUAAUCAUCAGAUCGUCUAGUUAUCCGAUCUGCGCUUUGAAUCCACUGGAUCCAGUAUGCCGGUGGCUGCUUCCGCCAUCUACUUUCUGAAUCUCCGUGGCGAUGUACUCAUUAAUCGCACAUACCGAGAUGACGUCGGGGGAAACAUGGUGGAUGCAUUUCGUACGCAUAUAAUGCAGACGAAGGAGUUAGGGAAUUGUCCUGUGCGUCAGAUUGGUGGCUGCUCCUUUGUUUAUAUGCGAAUCAGCAAUGUCUACAUUGUCAUUGUUGUCAGUAGCAAUGCUAAUGUUGCUUGUGGAUUCAAAUUCGUUGUUGAGGCUGUUGCUUUGUUCAAAUCAUACUUUGGUGGAGCGUUUGAUGAAGACGCUAUUAGAAAUAACUUUGUUCUGAUUUAUGAAUUGUUGGACGAGAUUAUGGACUUUGGCUACCCACAAAAUCUCUCCCCUGAAAUUUUGAAACUUUACAUCACUCAGGAAGGUGUACGGUCACCAUUUUCAUCAAAGCCAAAGGACAAGCCUGUUCCAAAUGCAACGUUACAAGUUACGGGUGCUGUUGGUUGGAGAAGAGAGGGCCUUGCUUAUAAAAAGAAUGAGGUGUUUCUUGAUAUUGUUGAAAGUGUAAACCUUCUUAUGUCCUCUAAAGGCAACGUUCUUCGGUGUGAUGUGACGGGGAAAGUUUUAAUGAAAUGUUUCCUUUCGGGAAUGCCUGAUUUGAAGUUGGGGUUGAAUGAUAAAAUUGGUCUUGAGAAGGAAUCAGAAAUGAAAUCUCGCCCAGCAAAGAGUGGUAAAACCAUUGAGCUUGAUGAUGUCACAUUUCACCAGUGUGUGAACCUGACAAGAUUCAACUCCGAGAAGACGGUCAGUUUUGUACCACCGGAUGGAGAGUUUGAAUUGAUGAAGUAUCGAAUAACAGAGGGUGUAAAUCUGCCUUUCCGCGUAUUACCAACAAUCAAAGAACUUGGUCGUACACGUAUGGAAGUAAAUGUCAAGGUCAAAAGUGUGUUUGGUGCUAAAAUGUUUGCCCUUGGGGUCGUAGUUAAAAUUCCAGUACCAAAACAAACAGCCAAGACCAAUUUCCAAGUGACAACUGGUCGCGCUAAAUACAAUCCAUCAAUCGAUUGCUUGGUUUGGAAGAUAAGAAAAUUCCCAGGACAAACAGAGUCGACACUAAGUGCAGAAAUUGAGUUGAUCUCAACAAUGGGAGAGAAGAAAUCUUGGACAAGACCACCAAUCCAAAUGGAAUUUCAGGUCCCAAUGUUUACAGCAUCUGGUUUGCGAGUUCGCUUUCUCAAGGUAUGGGAGAAGAGCGGUUACAACACAGUCGAGUGGGUUCGAUACAUAACGAAAGCGGGAUCGUACGAGAUCAGAUGCUGAACAGAAACAACGUUCAGGUUCAGUGACAUCAGACAAAAAAGUUUCAUGGCUUCUAGUUUUUAUUCCUUAUGCAAAACAAAAAAAAUGAAGAGUUAAAUAUGUUAUAUACCUUUUUUUUAUGUUUGUUUUCAUUAGAGAUAUCUGUGUUAAUAUGAUUUCUUAUGCCUUAAUUUGGUAUUGAAUUCUUUUUUUUUAUUAUUUUCUCUGCUUGUGAAAUUGUACGAGUUUAUAGUUUAGAUUAAUCUUGGUGUAAUCGAUUAAUCGAACGUGAUAUUGAGUAUUUGUAAAAGCAGUCGGAUUUUUUGUUUUGU